AAAUCCUGCCCAAGCCCAUGGUGAUGCCAAACCAAACCCUGGUGCUGGAGAACGGGACCUUCACCCUCACGUGUAACAGCUCCCCCAGCGCCGACACCGUGCUCUGGCUCCGGGACGGGGCGUCCCUCAUGCCCAGUGAGCGGCUGGUGCUGUCCCCUGACAACCGGACCCUCACGGUGCUGGGUGUCACCCGGGGCAAUGCUGGCCCCUACCAGUGCGAGGUCGGGAACCCCAUCAGCACCAACCGCAAUGGGCUGGACUCUGCCCAGAUAGACCCACCAGGAUCCAUCGCCCUGACUCUCGGGUCGCUUCUGACCCUGACGUGUGUCGCCGACUCCAUCCCAGCCUCGAGCUACCGCUGGGUUCUCAACGGCACCGACACUAAGGAGACCGGGAGCAGCUUGACCUUUAACUCCAUUACUCAGGAUCACCAGGGCACAUACACGUGCCAGACUCACAACCCCAUCACCGGCCGCACUGCCUGGGCGUCUGUCGCCGUGUGGGUGACAGGGACGGACGCCCCUCGUCCAGCUCUCUCUGCCGGGGCCGUCGCCGGGAUCGUCAUCGGGUCACUAGCGGGGGCAGCGCUGGUCGGAGUCAUGGUCUAUUUCCUCUACUCUCGCUGCCGGAACGAGACCCCCAAGGAGAACGAGGCACCUGUCCUGGUGUACGAGAACCUGCCCCCUACAUCUUGA